AAUGAAUGAGAUUUAUGCAACAUCUUUGAACUGUAUACGGUGGUAAGGCAGGCAUGAGGAGGAAGACGAUGCUCUCUCCUCAUUAUUCGAAAAGAGUUCCAUUCUAGGACGUCAAGUGCAUUCAAUCGCAGCGAUCGUCGAACAACGAAAACGCUUCGAACUCGAUAGUGAUGGUGGUGGAGGCGUUUUUCUGGAGGGGACGCUCAGACCCACCUGAAGAAAUUGAAAACCUUCCGAAUCUGCUUCUUCUCUCAGGUCCUCCUUCCUCUGGCAAAACCUCUCUGCUUUUUCAAUUUGCGUUCCAUGUGGCAGUAUCACGCACCAGCUCAACCACUUCCAAUGUCUUCUUCAUCUGUAACCGCCACAAGUUGGAUUCCAAACCCCCUUUUCUUUCUCAGGGCAUUGACGCGUCUUCCGAUGUCUUCCACCGUAUACAAAUGAAGUAUGUGAAUGAUGAUGAGGACAUCAACAAGUACUUUGCCGCCUUCCAUCUCUAUGAUGUUUUGCCUGCUGCUGUUAUAAUUGAUGAUUUUGGAGAUUUCUUUGAUAAUAGGAUCUGCCAAGAACGGCAUUCUAAUCCUCGUGGAAGAGACUUAGCUAUGGUCAGGAGCCUAGCUUUAUGUCACAAUGCAAUUACUUAUGCAAAUCAAAAAGGAUCUUGCAAGCUUCUGUUAUCAGAUACAUACCAUGGAGACUCCCCUAGGUUGCAUUUCAUCUAUAAGAAAUGGAUACCCUCCAUUUUUACAAUUAAAGAAGGAGAUGAAACCGGGUCAUUCAUUCUAAAAGGUAGGAGUUCUUCAGGAACUCAGAAGCCUGAUAGGACAAAAGUUGCGAAGUAUUCCAUAGCUCUUCAGUACCUGUUUUUAGAGAGAAUUAUUGAAGACCAAACAGAGUAAAUUUUUCAUCUUGUACAAGAUCUCGACUUUGUGAUACUCUAACAGUGUCAUACUUAGAAUGUUUGUUUACUUUUCAGCGGUUGUACAUUUGUACUUGUAUUUCUGCACAGAGCGCACACACACUGAACUAACCGUAUUAUUCUCCAGAUUUGAGUAGUAAAUUAAUUUCUUUGUA